AUGCCUCGGAAGCGCAAACUGGUCCCUGAGGCGGAGAGCCAGCCGCGACGCUCUACUCGCCGAGCAAUCGCCCACGUUGUCGAAUCGCAUCCUUACUGUUCUGAAGACUGCAUCAGAUCCCUUAGGAAUGGGGCGUUAGGGCCUCAAGGCACCCACUGCCCCAAUGAGCGCAUCCAUCGUGCUUCGGCGGCACCUCGACUCGAGCAAUGGCAGGAGGACCUCAGUCGAGCGUUGGCCGAGGGCAGCACGAGAACUCGAAUAUGCCGAUCUCUUGGACGAUCAGGUGUUAGAGGCACCAUGCUGAAAUUGGUUCUCGAGUCAUCUGGACAUUGUUUGAUCGGCAAGGGCUUUCACACAGAUGAUGUAUAUUGGUUCAACAGGGAAGUGGAGGCUUAUCAACGCUUGGAGUCUUUCCAGGGGGACAUCUUGCCGGUUUGCUCUGGCAGUCUGACUCUGGAAGAGGAGAUCCAGAUUCACGCAGGGGAUAAAGCUAUAAAAUAUCUGGUUUUCCUUUCGUAUGGUGGUACACCCAUCCUUCACCUGAAACGACGCGACCCCGACGCCUUCCGGCUCAGGUAUCGUCGACCGAUCCUCGCUUGUCUCGAGCAGAUGCACGAACAUCAGGUCAUUCAUGGUGAUGCUGAAAUUCGGAACGUCCUGUGGAACGAGAACACAGACAGAGUCCUGUUUGUGGACUUUGAACGGAGCCGACUAUACGAAAAUCGACCUGCUUGCCCACCGGACGAACCCUGUAAGAAACAAUACAAGGAUAAGAAAGGCAGGAAGCAGAAUUGUAUGUAUUGCAGAGAACUCUGGGUGGCCAAUUGGACGAUAGACGAUGAGAAUUUGGACCCUGAUGGGUCUAUGGAAAGGAGGAAUGCAUAA